AUGGUGUCUCUGAAGAAGACUCGCGUCAACUCCGCCGGAAGAGUGCGCCGACAGUACGGCUUCGACCACAUCCCAAAAGCCAUGUCUUUCUCGCGAGUGAAUCGCUUCAUAACAUUGAAGUCGUCGCUGCUAUUCGUGGUAUUAGUCCUAUUCCUCAUCGGUUUAGUCGACUAUAUGAUCAUCACUGAGAAGAAUGGCUGCGAAAUGACUUUUAUGUUUCAAUUCCCACAGUUUGUCCUGAUCCCACUUAGCAAUCAGAUUACACUCAAGUAUCCCAACUAUAAUCUCUUCGCCUACGGAGAGGGCAAUCAGAUUACACUCAAGUAUCCCAACUAUAAUCUCUUCGCCUACGGAGAGGGACACUACGCGGAAACUCUUCGUGAUGGUCACUUUAAUGGAGUUCCCGUUGUGUUUGUCCCGGGAAAUGGUGGCUCUUAUAAGCAGGUGAGAUCUUUGGGAUCAGUGGCUCUUCGGAUGUCCGAUAAAUACUCUACAUUUCACUUCAAUUACUUCGCCAUUGACUUCAAUGAGGAGUACUCAGGGGUUAAUAGUUAUCAUCUGCAGAGUCAGACACUGUUUCUGAAGGAAAGUCUCUUAAGAGUCAUGGAUUUGUAUGAGAAGAGGGGUCGCAACGUAUCGCUUGUACUCAUCGGACACUCAAUUGGUGGACUCAUAAUCAGGUCAUUGCUAACACUUCCCGAAUUUGAACCAUACGGACAUCGAAUCGAUUUAGUCAUCACAUUAGCCACUCCUCACAAAUCUGCCGUGGUUCCCAUUGACUCCAAGAUGACAUCCUUUUACAAAGAAGUGGAAGAAUAUUGGGAUACGAGACGAGUGGACGACUUCGGUCACAUGAAUGUCAUAUCAAUCGGCGGCGGAUUUAAUGAUAAGUUGGUUCGUUCACACCUCACCACAUUGGACGCCAAUCCACACGUGAACGACUUGAAUAUCGUCUCCACUGCCAUCGAUGACGUCUGGGUCUCAAUAGAUCACGUGUGCAUCGUUUGGUGCAAACAAUUAGUACUGAAGUUAACUCGACUUCUGUUCGACUUAACCGAUCAAAAGUCAUUGAAACUGAUAGACAACACGUCCGAUAGGAACACAAUAAUUAGGUAUCACUUCAUGGAAAGGACAUUAGGAAAGAAUUUCCCCACGUUUUUAACGCCAGAAUACAUAGCACUCGCUCCCAGUCCAGAGUGGAGUGAGAACUUCGAUAGGAUUAUCAAAAUUACCAAACCAAAGGUCUUAAAACCAAAUCAUAUUUUACUGCCACUAAUGCGAAGAGAAAGUAUUGUCAUUCAAUUUGAAGGCCACUACAGACACGACUGGCUUAUGGCCUGUUCUGCCACUAAACAAAAUAACAUUACUUUUUGUGAUAAGGGUUUGUCUCUACACUCACACGUCAGGCGGCUGCCAUCCCAGCCGAGAGAUAUCGAGCGCCGGCUGUUUACCGGACAGUCAUCCCUACUGUUAAACCAAGGAUUUACUCAUCUAUUGUUAGCCAUCAGCGCAUCGACGGAACCGAUAGACAUACAGAUCGAUCGGUUCACGACAUCCAUCCGAACCAAAAGCAUAUUAACACCAAAUCUGUGGCAAAGCGUCUCCUCAUUCUUCGCCUCCCGUACUGUCCUCGACAUCGCCGUCAGCGAAGAGACCACUUUCUAUAACGUGUCGGUCGUAGGACUCGAGCACUGGUGGCACACCUAUUGGAUCCAAUUGGAGACCAUUAGCUGCUAUCCCGGAGCCGCCAAUUUGGGUUACCUCCUGCUGACUGUUCCCUGGAAUCGCGAGAAUCAAUUCAAAUAUGUUUACCCCAAACGCGGCUCAACCUCUCAGAUGACACUUAAACUCAAUUCCCCGAAACCAAAGAACUUUAGCCCCGACUCUUCGGAACCAUAUCUUUACUUAUUAGUCGAUCCCAACUGUAGCUAUAAAUUACACUUAAAGCCAUCGGUGGCUGAGAUGAUGGGACAGUUAAUUUAUUUAAGUAUCAAAUGUCAAUCAAUUGAGAGACGUCUGGGUGUGGACUCGAAUGCCUCCCAAUGGAACCUACACUUGACGUUACUAUCGUUGCUAUAUCUGUCCACAAUUCCCACCAUACCGUUGCUCAUGGACUGGAUUAACCUGAAAAUGCCUGUCCUCUACUUUAUCGGCACUGAUCCAUACCUAAUACCUGCUCUACUGUUGACGUUAUCGUGUCCAGUGGUUUGGCACCAGUACUCUGUAAUCGACAUUAAUAUGUAA